GUCAAAUGAAUUGCGCACGCGCUCGCAGUGUCAGCGUCAUUUGUGUCAAAAGUGAUUGUGAAAUUGUAUCCAGUGAAAAGUUUUCAUGGAAAAUUUUCAGUUUGUUGAAGAAGAGGAUUUCUUGGUCCAUUUGUUAGAUGUAUGGGAUGUGCCUUUCGAUUUUCAACAAAUAUUUAAGGACCUCGGUAUCACAACAAAAGACUUGGAAGAGCAUCUCGGAAGGGACGACCUUGCGUACAUUUUUAAGGAUGACUGGCGCGAGAAAAUAAAGUUCCAAAGGAACCUAGAUGACUUUAGAAAGGAAGGACAGAAGCUGCAGAAUAGUACAGAUUGCACUUGUUGCAAAAAACAAAACUUUCUGAAAACAACAGGCAAUAUCGAUGAGACUGUCCUCGGUAUUUUGUUGACAACAGUGCAGGGUAAAGGACUCUUAAAAAAGUAUCAAGAUCUCAAAACCUUGAGCUCAGAAGACCAGACCACUCUAGUGGAAUGUAUUUGCCACUUCUAUCUGGAUAGAGAAAUUAAUCUCGGAGUUAAACAAUUUCAGUUCUUAGCUGAAGACAUCGUGAAGAACUUUCCAACUGAAAUUGAGGGAACUUAUUUCCUAAAAAGGCGCAAGGGGGGCAAUUGCUCAGGCAAGCUCUAUGACAAAUAUCGCAAUUUGCGAUCAAAAUUCCAACGAAGCGGUCUAUUGAAGAAAGCCGAGAGACGUUCACAGGCCACUACUGUUCAACUGGAAAAUCAGAGAGAUUCGCCGGUUGAAGAAGAAGAGAAUUUGGAUAAGGAUAAGGAGUGGUUAUAUCGCAAUAGCGAACCACUUGAAGAAGUCAAGCAGAAAUGGAAUAACACUAUUUCAUUGCGUUGUCCUGGUAAAGAAGUCUACUCUCUAAAUAUUAAUGACUUUGUAGUGGAGUGGCCUGCAUUUGAUACGGAGCUGUGUUGUUCACUUUUGACUUUGGACUUUGAUGCCAAAUUCCCAGACAGAAGCCCUGGCGGAACAUGGGCUGAAGUCUGUAACGCAGUUUUUAAAGAUCAAAACAUCACUGUGAAUGAAUACAACGCCAGGAAUGAAAACUCAAGGGAUAUUGUGGUUCUGAGCACAGUUCAUAAAAUCCUCAAACUUUCGAUGCAAAGAUUUAAAGAGAAAAAGAGUCGCAAAUAUACGAUUGAGGAUUCGCAGGCUGCACAUAUGUUCUUCAUUGCAACUCUAAACGAUUUAGAUAACAGUAUCAAUGAGAGGGCGAAGUUGGGAAAAAUACAACCAAUGGUGAUUGUUAUUGGAAACAAGAUCAACCCAGAGAAAUACCUGGUCUUCAUAGACUAUAAGUAUUUUAAAAUGUCUUCUUUCAUGGAGGCCAUCGACUUUGCUUUCAAGCUAUUUUAUAUGUUUGAUUUGAAGUUCCCAGAAGAGUGUCAGUUUGUUUAUGAAUUUCUGCAGGAAUUCCUUUAUGGGAUUGUCCCUAACAAGCGAACCGCAAAGGUUAUUAACUUUAUAAAUUCUAUUAAACAAAAAACAGCGUAAACAUG